AUUUGGCAAUAAUCGCUCCCUUUCAUCUUUGACAUUUAUUUGUUUUUGAUAAUUUUUGCGGCUCAAGCUCUCAGUUAAUGUGUUUCCUUCUUUUGUGUUUUAAUUGCAUUUCAAUACCCCUGCACCAUCUUAACAGUAAGGUAUUGUUUAUUAGUGUCUAAGCUCCGCGACUGUCUGGUCUGGUGGUUUAAAUCCCGCUCGCUUUAAUUUCUGGCCUUUAUUCCCAAUUACUUUGCACCAUGUCUUUGUCUGGAAGCAUUGGAAGCCCUUCAAAGGAAUCCGAGGCUUCUGGAAACAGUAGUGUGGCUGGAAGUGAACCCAGUUUGCCAAGAGACUUUAGCAGGGUCCAUUGCUUCGUACAUUUUAGACUGUCCUUGUUCUCCUCUGGUUCAGCCACUUCGCAAGAUGAACAGUUUAGCUGUGUGGGACAUGCGGAGCAUAGCCUGUCCUGCAUGAAGAAAUAUCUUCAAGCGGGAAAACUAUGCGAUAUAGUGUUAAUUGCUGGAAAAAAUGGAAGAAGAGUGUCAGCUCAUAGAUUGGUUUUGUCCGCGGCCAGUGAAUACUUUUCCACCCUAUUUACCGGCAGUCUUAGUAAUGAUAAAGAUCGGGAAAUCACACUGGGGGACAUAGAUGGGGAUGUUUUACAGGCUCUAGUCAAUUAUUGCUACACGGGAACAAUUGAAAUAAGAGAAGACAAUGUGGAGACUCUUCUGGCAACAGCAUGCCUGAUGCUUCUACAUGAAGUAGUGGAGGCUUGCUCAAGGUUUCUUGGACACCAAUUGGACCCCAGUAACUGCUUGGGAAUUGCCAUUUUUGCCGAACACCAGUCUUGUAUUAGUUUGCUCAAUGAAGCCAAUGCUUAUACCAACCAACAUUUCAUGCAGGUGAUUUCGAACCAAGAAUUUUUUCAACUCAACGUGAAUCAAAUGUGCACCUUGCUCAGUAGCGACGAUCUCAAUGUUUUCUGCGAAGAGCAAGUGUUUCAUGCCCUAAUGAGCUGGAUUCAGUUUCAUCCUGCAGUAAGGAAGAAACACAUUGGCACAUUAAUGGCCUUAGUGAAAUUGCCAUUUCUCAGCCCAGCCUUUCUAGCGGACCAAGUUGAGCCUGCUAUCAGCUCAGAUCUCAGCUGCCUCAAACUGAUUAUGGAAGCAAUGAAGUGGCACUUGCUACCUGAGAGGCGCCUUCAAAUGGCUUGUUCUAGAACAAGGCCUAGAAAGGGUACUAUUGGCCGACUAAUGAUCGUAGGUGGCAUGGACAGCAAUAAAGGCGCUACCACCAUUGAAAGUUACGAUCCAAGAUCUGAUACCUGGACUGUUGCUCAACAGAUGAGCGGGAGGAGGCUGCAAUUUGGGAUAGCUUUAAUGUCCAAUAAGCUUCUGGUUGUAGGAGGUCGCGACGGUUUGAAAACCUUAAACACUAUGGAGUGUCUCGACUUGGAGAGUGGAAUUUGGUCCCAACUGUCUCCUAUGAAUACCCAUCGACAUGGUUUAGGCGUGGCAGUUUUAGGAGGAUCUUUGUAUGCGGUGGGAGGCCAUGAUGGCUGGAGCUAUUUGAAUACAGUCGAAAGGUGGGACCCGGAAAGACGCAGCUGGCAAUACGUAGCUCCUAUGCAGAUUCAGCGAUGUUCAGCCGGAGUGGCUGUGCUCAAAGACCGACUAUACGUGGUAGGAGGACGCGAUGGAGCUAGUUGUUUGCGUACAGUCGAGUGUUAUGACCCAUAUACCAAUAAAUGGGCAUUGGCUGCUCCUCUGGCCAGACGCAAAGGAUGUGUUGGUGUGGCCACUGCCAAUGGAUACUUGUACGUUAUGGGCGGGCAGGAUGCGCCAGCCAACAAUCCUACCACUUCCAGGUUUGAUUGUGUGGAGAGAUACGAUCCGUCCACCGAUACGUGGACAACCGUGAGCAAUCUCUCCAGCAAGCGAGAUGCGAUUGCUUGCACCCAGUUUGGAGACAAGUUGUAUUCGGUGGGAGGAUAUGAUGGAAAUACGUAUCUGAAAAAUGUUGAAGCUUAUGAUCCGAUCACUAAUGAUUGGAUUGCUUUGACGCCGCUCAAUACUGGACGAGCUGGCGCUUGUGCUAUUGCAGUCUCAAAUCAAACUUCCUAGCAAGGGCUUUGUCGAGAUAUCGCCGGAAUUGAGAGGAUAAAAAUCUGGGAGGGUAGGAAAUGAGGGUUAUCUCGUAUUCAUUGAAUUACUAGAUAUUUUGGCUAUUAAAUAGUUUCCUUUUCAACUAGGUUUAUACAACAUAAUGUAAGGUUUUGAACACAAUAUUUCUACAUAAGACUGAGAAAGGCAGCAUUUAUUUUAAUACCUUGCAAGUUUAUAAGACUGAUCAGGUCGGGUUAGUAUCGAAUUCCUUUUUUGGCUGUAACUAUUGUAAUUGAUUGAUGCUGAUUUAUUGCAGGAACUCUGAAAUUUCCUUUUUUUGGAAAAUAUACCAAACAUCCUGCAUAAUAAUUUAAAUUCAAAAUUGCUUUGAGAUUGAAUUUAUUUGUUGGCUUUAAGUGUCGUGGUCGGGCGUCUUACUAAUAUUUUAUACUGGGUGAUUGGAGGUAAGUCGAUGCAUUUUUCUGGAUGUUGCACUGCUGUUCCGGAGAGUUUUCCAUUCCAAAUCCGCAUUUAAAUAAGAAUUUGAAUUUGCUAUUGCGCAAACAGCUUGGGGUUUUCUAUAAGAUUUUACAGGGUUUGGCAUUUAACAACAUUUUUUUAAAGCGUUACUCAUUUUUAUAGAAGAAAAUAAUCCAACACCCUUGGAAGAAAUGCAUCAAUUUGUCAAACACUCUUUAUUGUAAUCUCGUAUAUUAUUUACAUCUUACAGGAAUUAUUUAUCUUGCUUAAUUAUACAGUGUUUUUUCGUACUUUAGCUCGUUUCCUCAUGUAACAGUAGGAUUAAUGAAACGAUCUUCAAGAUUGCGGAAGAUAUAAACGUGUAGCAAAAUUCUGUGAUAGUGAUUAAUCAAGCGCAAUGUGUAUAAUCAUUUAGAUUUAAUGAGUGUAAAUAUAUAAAAUCUUUUAUUGUUUUUUAUUUCGCAUUUAAUGUACUGUGGUAGAUUCGACUGGCUUUGUGAAAUGCGGAUCAAUUAGUUUUUUAAGUACUAAAUGUGUUUUUAAAGA